CCAACCAAAAAGCACCCGACUGCUCUGACACGCGCGCCCGGCUGGCGGCUGGCUCGCUGCUCACACACUGUCUGCAGAUCUUUCAGGCUGGCUAGUCAUCCCGCCCAGGCCCUUGUUUUUAUUUUUCCCUCCGCCCUGUCUCGUCACUAGCCCACCCCCACGGUCCCUCUUCCCGUGCGAGUACUUGACGACUGCCAUCCUCCUUCGUCAACCUUUCCUCCACUCAUCCUUUUCCCUUCCUCGACCCGUCCGGCAAAGCGACGAACAGAGGAACAGCCCGCCCUCCCAACCAGACAGAAUCCAUCACACCGGCGACAGAGGUCGAUCCCAGACGCCCAACAUGGUUUCCAGCUCCAAGGAGAAGAGACUCGCCAAGAAGGCCGCCGAGGGCAAGGGCGAGAAGAAGACCCUCGUGUCCCGCUCCAAGGCCGGCUCCAAGGUUGGCUCCAAGGUUGGCUCCAAGGCUGGCUCCGUCGCUGGCGACGAGACCCCUCCCGACAGCGACUUUGCCACCGAUGGUGCCAAGCUCGAGAAGGCCAGAGCUCUCGCCGACCAGAGAGACAAGGAGGGCCUGUCUGACCGCAUCACCACUGGUGUCCUGGCUUCCGUCAGCACAAGCAAGGACGUCAAGAUCAUCAGUGCCAGCUUGACCUUCCACGGUCGUGUCCUGCUCCAGGAGUCAAGUCUCGAGCUGUCCUACGGCCGCCGGUACGGUCUCCUCGGUGAGAACGGCUGCGGAAAGUCGACUCUCAUGAAGGCUAUUGCCGCCCGCGAAUACCCCAUCCCCGAACAUGUCGACAUCUAUCUCCUCAACGAGGGUGCUCCUCCUUCCGAACUUGGUGCCCUUGAGUGGGUUCUCAAGGAGGCCGAGAAGGAGAUGGACCGCCUCGAGGCCCAGGCCGAGAAGAUCCUCGAAGACGAAGGCCCCGACAGCCCGGUCCUGAUGGAUCUUUACGAGCACAUGGACAAGAUGGAUCCGUCCACCUUCGCUACUCGUGCCUCCCUUAUCCUUACUGGCCUUGGUUUCAACAAGGUCACCAUCCACAAGAAGACAAAGGACAUGUCCGGUGGCUGGCGUAUGCGUGUCGCUCUCGGCAAGGCCCUCUUUGUCAAGCCUUCUCUGCUCCUUCUUGAUGACCCUACUGCCCAUUUGGAUCUCGAGGCCUGCGUGUGGCUGGAGGAGUACCUCAAAAAGUGGGAGCGGACUCUCGUCCUCAUUUCUCACUCCCAGGAUUUCCUCAACGGAGUGUGCACCAACAUGAUCGAUAUGCGCAAGCAGACUCUCAUGUAUUACGGUGGUAACUUUGACUCCUACGUCAAGACUCGCCAGGAGCAAGAGACCAACCAGAUGACUGCCUACAAGAAGCAGCAGGAGGAGAUCAAGCACAUCAAGGAGUUCAUUGCCAGCGCUGGUACCUACGCCAACCUGGUGCGCCAAGCCAAGUCUCGUCAGAAGAUUCUGGACAAGAUGAUUGCCGAUGGCCUCAUCGAGGAGGUCAAGGAGGAGCGUAACUUUACCUUCCGUUUCACCGACGUCGACAAGCUUCCCCCGCCCGUCCUGGCAUUCGACGACGUCACCUUCUCAUACUCUGGUGACGCCAAGGAUGAUCUGUACCGAAACAUUGAGCUUGGCUUCGACAUGGACUCUCGAUCUGCACUCGUCGGUCCCAAUGGUGUCGGCAAGAGUACUUUGCUCCGUCUCAUGACUGGCAAGCUCUCUCCCACUGGCGGCUCCGUCCGCAAGCACACUCACCUUAAGCUUGGUCUCUACUCGCAGCACAGCUCCGAGCAGCUCGACCUGACUAUGAGCGCCCUCGACUUUGUCCGUGACAGAUAUCGCGAGAAGUCUCAGGAUUACCAGUUCUGGAGACAGCAGCUCGGCCGCUAUGGUGUUUCCGGACCCGUCCAGACCGCUUUGAUGGGUACGCUGUCCGAGGGUCAGAAGAGCCGUAUCGUUUUUGCCCUCCUUGCCCUGGACUCUCCCAACAUGCUGCUGCUCGACGAGCCCACCAACGGUCUGGAUAUCCCCACCAUUGACGCUCUUGCUGAGGCUAUUGAGAACUUCACCGGUGGUGUUAUUGUCGUGUCUCACGACUUCAGACUUCUCGACCGUGUUGCCAAGGAGAUCUUGGUGUGCGAGAACAAGACCAUCAAGCCGUGGUCCGGAUCUAUCGGCGACUACAAGAACUACCUUCGCAAGAAGAUGUUGGCAUCUGGUGCUGUCUAAAGUCUUUCUUGAGACGAUGAAUUGGCUGCUUGAUUUCUUCCUCACACAAUUUCAGCCAUUAUUUUCUGACUCCGAUCCUGCAUCGCCGUCGACGAGGACAUCCAUCGCGCCACGAAGCGGCCUCACGAGAGUUGGGAUGGAAAGCGGCAAAUAACGUGCAUAUAGAUUCGUUUUCAGCAUAGAGCCGCACACCCCAGUCACGCAGACUCAGAACUGCAGGUACAUUUAGGCCAGGAUGGAUACCCUUGAUUUGGUUUUGUUGUCCAGAAAAGUCACGGGACAAAAAGCAGGCUAUGAGCGUGCGCUUUGUGGCAUGCGAUCACUGGGAUUUCAGUGUCGUGCCCGUGCACGGUGCCAGUCGGCGAGCUGGUGUGAUGAUCAAGUUUUUCCUUUGUCAUGGGCGUGCCCGACUAUAGCACGCGCGAAAUAUAGAAUAUCGACGAGAA